CUGGUACCGCGGUCAGUUUGCAAAAAGACUUGAAACGAUCAACAUGCUUGGGUACGCAAAGAGUGCAGUUUUGUUGUUGUGCACCGUGGCGCUUUGUGUAAAUGCUAGUCCAACCUCCAUUGACGAACAGUAUCCGGUUACGACGCGAGGUGGAUGCGAUCCUCAGAAUGGCACCUCUAAGCGGUACUACGUGUACAACAACCGUGGCGUUACGUUUUUCGAGGCCUGGAGACUGUGCCAAAGCGUUGGCCUCAGAUUGGCGACGAUCACCAGUCAGGACGACAGCCGUUUGAUUGCGGAGGCCGUACAAGCUUCGAGCAACUCCAAAGGACCCUGGUGGGUCGGCGGGGUUGAUCUGGGUAACAAGGGAAUUUUCGUGUGGAUUUCCACCAACCAACUAGUGGGCUACGGAAACGGCUACUUUGAUUUCGACGUAGGUCAGCCGGAUAAUUCCGCCGGGAUCGAAGAUUGCCUGGAAAUUGCGCGCGGGGAAGGAGUUCGUUGGAAUGACAUACGAUGUGAUUUGAGGCAGAGAUACAUUUGUGAGAAUGUAUUAUAAAAAACAAUAAUCUUUCAUAACGGAAGUAACGCUUUGUGGUUUGUCGUUGACAUAGUUUUUUUUGCAAGGCUUAAGUUCAAGUUCAUUAAUAAACGGCAUUUUUCAUAGA